AUGCAAGAGAACGCGUUUUCCAAGUCUGCUGGGCCCGCAAGCAGCGCUGGGCUAGGGCAGAGUUAUUUCACGCGUGAUCUCAUGACGGACCCGCCAACCAUUAUACAAAUUAUUCCUGCUCCCUCCGAGUUUCUGAUAAUGCAGCGCUUGCCGUCCACGGUGGCUGCGGACACCUUCAAAAUCUCCUUCGACGAUAUUGAGCCGACUGCUGGGUGGCUGAGCGACCGUAACAACGCCUCGCUGGAUAUUUGCUUCAUGCACAGUUUUGGUAAAUGCUUUGGUAAGAUCCGCGAGAAGGACUCCAAGACGUGUCAUCAGAUCCACGUCAAGCGCGAGAUUCUGGACAAUCUCCGCAAGUACUACGUCAACCCACAGCGACAUUACUUCUGCCGUACGAUGAAGGCAAACGUGACGGAGAAGUUUGCGCAGGUGCUCUCGCUGCUCGCGCGGCGUCGGAUUGCUCUGCAGUAUCUCGAGUUUCGCACAGACGACAUCGAGGUGACAGCGGGCAGCAUGGAAUACGAGGUGGAGUACCGCCACUGGCUGGUAAGUGAUGCUGGCACCCAGCGGAAGAUCUCUGCCAACGCGGCCAACGUCACCACCGACAACUUUUUCUCCUCCUCGAACCUCUGCUGGGACUUCGCCCUCACCGGACGAUGCUCGCGGGGUGUCUCCUGCCCUAAUCUACAUGGCCACGUGGCGAAGGCGCUCACGAAGGACCGCGUCGUCAAGACAGCCCUGGCAGAGAUGGGCAAGAAGGAGUCGUGGGCAGUCACGGGAAGCGAGGCGCCGCCAAGCCGGACCGCGGCGAGCUUCCAUAUGUCAACGCUCGGCGCCGCACCGCCACUGCUGCCGCCGCCACCGCCGCCGAUGCCGCCGCCGCAGGGCCCGCCGUUUAUGAUGUCGUCGCCGUUGCCUCCGUACUCGUUUGCGCCGGAGUGCGCCGCACCGGGCCCGCGGCCUCCUGCCAUGGCGGCAUUUCCGUUAGACAUGACCGCUCUCCAAGGCGCGCCCUGCUUCUUUGUGAGCGAGGGCAACGACAACGUGUUCCGGCUUAUCACGCAGCCACAAUUCUCGCCGUUUAACACCGAAGGAGUGCAGCAGAUUCGUAACUGA